UUACACUUUAAAAGGAUAGAUUAGGAAAAGGAUAAAAAGAAAGGCACCUACACAGUCACAGAUGAGUGAGGAUUUGAAUAAGACUGUUAGAAUCCAUGUUCUUGACCACAAUUAUCUUCAAACAAGAGGAUAGUUUGACCCUGCUAAUCAAAACAAAAGGGAUCACCCAGGUUUCCUAGUGUAAAGUAUGAAUUAUCUGGCGAAGGUAAUUUUUUUGGCCCAAAAUUCAGGAAGAAGGCUGUUAGGCAUGUGGGGGAUGGGAGUUCUUUUGUUCUGUGAUGCAGUGAUGACCUCAGGGUAAACUGCCACAGGCUGAGGAAAUGGAAUGGCCGCUAGAGAGUCUGCUUGGGGCUGACCAGGACAUGGGGAUUCUCUGGGGCCAGUUGACCCGAGUCCUGGCCUGCAGGCACUGUGGCAGCAGCUGCUUCCAGAGUCCAGGGACUAUGGCGAUACUGUUCUUGUUCAUGGUUUGGCAGAUCCGGAGGUGGACGCAGCUUGGGAUGUGGCGACAGCUUCAGUGCUGGUACUCUGGGGACAUGAUGCAAGACAAGGACCUACCACUACUACAGUGUUUGAAUUUCCUUGAUCGCCUGUGGAAGCACAAAUUAGAGAAAGAAGAGGAAGAGGAGGAGGAAGAGGAGGAGGAAGAAGCAUCUCUGAAUCUACUGAAGCCAUAUUCUUUUCCCAAAGGAGCUCCUAUUGGACAGCAAGCCACCACAAGCUCAAUUCAUCCACCCUGUGGUUCUGAUGACUUCUACAAGACCAUAAGAACACCAAAGCAAGUACUCACACAGACCCCAAACCCUUCCAGAUCCUUCCCCACCUUUCAGAUCCUGACCAACCUGCCUGAGAGGCACAACAGAGUCUCAGGGAGAUACCUACAGCAGCAAAAAAGUCAGCUCUUCUGGGGUCUCCCCUCUUUGCACAGUGAGUCUUUGGAGGCCAUCUUCCUGAGCUCAGGUGACCCCUCUCCCCUUGAGCUUUCUGUUGGUCCUUCUGUUUUCUUCAACAAGUUUGCUUCCCUAUCUAGGCCUAUCUUGCAGUUUCCCCAGUAUUGUUUCCCAACUCAGCUACCUACCCAUGGAAUCCAUACUGCAGAAGGCCUGGAAAGGAUGGGCCUAGAUCCUCAGCAACUUUCCCUUUCAUCUUCCCCUCCUGCCCCACCUCUCCCCUUCCAUUUUAAGUCCUUUCCCAAGGAUAACAAGGGAGUCCCAUCUGACCCCGAGGCACAUACUCAAUGGUUUAGGCCACAGAGAGAGGUCCCUUGGAUCUCUGAAGACCAAGCUCUGCACCCACAGCCUGAACUCAAAAACACCAGACAAUCCAAGCUCUUCACUUCGUCUGAGGUUCAGUGGAGGGUACCAUGGGAUCUCAGUCUCCAACAACACAUUUUAGAGCCACACUCUGCCCCUCUGUUGUACCCCUCUAGCCUUCGAGUCCUGAAUGGAUUUGAGGUCCCAUCGAGGACUAUAGGACAAAAUGAGGACCCGAAAACCGCUGAGUCACCAAUGCCAGCUGCCAGCCCAGCCUCCCCACCAGAACUCCAGGGAAUCAACCCUAUGAGAGACCUUUCUGUAUCUCAGGCCCUCUGGGAAACCACUGGGCAGAGAAAAAUAUUUCAUACUUCAGUCCUGGCCACUUGUCAAUCCACCGCCCCCAUGAAGGGGCCUGAAGGAAUUAAUCCCUUGAGAAUGCCACCUGGAUCUGAGAUGCAGUGGAGGGGCACCAGAAGUACAAAGAAUCUUCACAUCUCUGAGGCCCUAAUGCUGCCAGCUCCCUGCCAACCCCCAUUUUCUCUGUCAAAACCCCAGAAAGUCAACCCUGAAGGUGGAUGUUUUGUACCUAUGGACUUCUGGGAAACUAUGGGACAUAAAGAGAACAGUCAAAUCUCUGGGUCUCCAAUGCUAUCCCUCUCCUCUCCCCCAGACCCUUCAGCAGAGCUCCAAGGAGGGGGACCCCAGGGAGAACCUUUUGGAUAUAAGCAUCAGUGGGGAUUCAGAGAAAAUUCAGGGAAGCCCUGGGAUUUUGAGCCCCUGGCCUCGAACCUCAACCCACUGCUCCAUGAAAGCAGCCCUGUAUGUGUCCCAUCAGGAUCUGAGAAUUCAUGGCAGGCCAUGCAAGACAGAGAAAUUCCUUGGGUCUCUGUAGGUCCAGUUUCCUCUCCCAACCUUCCCUCAUUCUCUCUGCUGGACUCCCUGGUAGUGGCUCCCCAGGGAGACCUAUCUGAGUCCAAAACUUUGUGGGAGACCACAGGGCAGAGAAAGAACAGCUGCUGGAUGGUCCAACCCCCAGCACCUCACAGCCCACCUCCAGAUCCCAUUGUAGAAUCCCACAGAAUUAAUUCUGUGGGAGGCUUCAUUAGAUCAGAUGCUGCCAGAAAGGGCAUUGAACAUUCCAGAAAGGUUGAGCCCCCAUCUCUGGCCCUCAGCUCAUCCCCAGCUCGUACAUUGGAGCCCCUCAGAGUCAGUCUCCUGGGGGUCCUGUUUGAUUCUGAGACUAAAUGUGGGGACAUACAAAGGAAGAACUCUUGGGUCUCUAAGAUCCCAGAUUAUGGUCUACUCCAAGACCCACAUGAUACAAGGCCCUUGGGACUACUACCUGCUUCUGAGCAUGUUUGGAGGGGUCUGAGGCACAAAGAAAUCAACUGUAUUCCUGUUACCCCUGUGUGGGGCCCUAGUCUACCCCCAAGCUCUAUGUCAGAGUUUCAUGUAAGUGAGCCUAGUGGAGGCCAAUGUAACUGUGAACCUGAGGGGAAAGCAAUGGAAGAGAGAGCAUGCUCCUGGGCCACCAAGCUCCCAGCCUCAAUUCCCAGUUCACUCUCUGCUCCUUUACCAAAUCCACCCAUUGACCUUGAGUUUGUGUGGAGAAAUACACAAAACAGAACAAUUGCACAGGGCCCCAGUCAUCCAGCAGUGGAUCUCCAGAAGCCAAUACCCUGGCUUCCCACCCUACCUGAUGCUUUUGAGUCCCAGAAGUGUGGCCUACCCAAGGAAACACCAUUCUCUAGAAUUAAAGCACAGACUCUACCCUUCCAGGAAGAGACUGUCCCUGAGGUACCCACCCACUCUGGGACCCAGGCCUGGCACUGGAGUAGAGAGUUGGAAGUGAGGCUGAGGAAGCUGCAGCAGAGGCCUGCCUCCAGGCCUCCUGGCCCAAGUCAAUUAUCUGGCAGCUCCCCUACCUUGAGUUCCACAGCACCAGGGUCCUGGGGACUCUCUUCCUGUCCUCCACAGCAGACUCAUGUUCCCAAUCUGUGCCCCCACUCUUCAAGCUGUCAUCCCCCAGAAGUUCAGAGCACAGUAACUCAGCCUGUCCAGGUCUCCCACUGUCAUCACUCCAACACCUCUUCACAAUCUCAACUAGGAGGGUCUGGCAGGGCAAAGCAAGGGUCUGAGAGAGAGGAAAAUUUUAAGGCAAAAAUGGUGGUCCAGGUCUCAUCCCAGAGGCCAUGUCGUCACAUGAGGGUUGGUGAGAACUGCAAAGGUCUAGGGGUGCCCUCACACCUCAAGGUUCCAGUCUCAGGGAAGAGACAGGACCAGGCUUCAGUCCUGCUUUCAGCCAAAGAAAGAGUAAGUCCCAAGAGACCCAAAGAAAUAGAUGGAAGAGGGGAUGCAAGAUUAGGGGCAUUUGCAGUUAAAGGGAAGAGCCAUCCAGCUCAGGCCCCAAGGCCAAUGGAAACCACUGUAAACACAAUGUCCCAAAGAUCUUAUUACAGGAACCAGAGCUCUCGACCUCCUCUACCUCAGAGGCUUAACUCCAAGGUUGUAGGUCCCCAAGAUCAGCGAGGGGCAAGGAUGGGAGCUGGUGACAUGCCAAUACCCCGACAUUGUAAGCACUGCCCUUGGGCCCACAUGAAACCUCUCUCCUCCAAACCUCAGGAUCCCCUAACCAGAGGCCUCCGAAGGGUAUUGGCCAAAUUUGUGGGUGCCAAUGGGCCUUGCUCACCAAAUUCAAUGAGCAGAGGAACGGCUGAUAGUACUGGUACUUGGUAACCCAAGACAUGAAACCAAACUAGUUUGGAGGUGGGGAGACAAAGUAGAUGAAGUAGGCAAAUUCCACUCAUCUUGUUUGGAUUCUCGGGUACUGGAAAUGUCAGUUAUGUCCACACAAUAACCAAAUACCCUACACCAGAAACCUGUGAUCCCUGCUUCCUCUUUUCCUCACUCCCUAUCAUCCAACUAAUUGCCAUUAUAUGCAUGUAUUUCAAGCCCAUUUUUAUCCCUCUACCUCCAACAUCACUGUCUUAGCUGUUAUCUUUCCCUACCAUACUGUUGCUUUCCAUCUGCUCUAUUCUCCACAUAGCUACAAUUCUCUGCAUUAUCAAGUGUCAUUUGUUUGAGUAAAAGAACA